AUGCGUCGCUCGGCCUUCUCAACGGGUGCCAUCCCUGCGGUUGCGGCUGCGGCUACGGCUGCGGUGGCCCUGCAAACGUCUCUCAGGGGCGGUCUCGUGAUGCACACGCCGAAGUCUGAGAUUGAGUUGGGCCGCUUCAAAUUUAUGGAUCAGUACAACGAGUUCCGCAACCGCUCCGGCAGAGCCCCCGACUACUACGUGGAGAAGUACCGCGACACCUACUGGCGCGUGGAUGAGUACAUACGCCGGGCGGAGAACUACAUCCACUCCCAGGGCUAUUUUUACCUACCAACUUUAGAGUUCCCGUGGUACAAGGGAUGCUUGCCGCUCUUUUCAUCGUACCAGAUUCGCCUUCACUACGGCCGCCACCACCGCGCCUACGUGGAGAAGCUGAACCAGCUGAUUGAAGGCACCUCGCUGUACGGCUCCAACCUGGACGAGAUCAUCAAGCGCACACACGGCGACGUGAUGCUCAUCGGCGUGUACAACAAUGCAGCCCAGCACUACAACCACUGCUUCUUCUGGAAGUGCAUCCAGCCCUACGGCAGCAACAUUCCGCCGGACUUGAAGGCGGCUGUGGAGCAGCAGUACGGCGCCGUGGAGACGUUCCAAAAGCUCUUCACGGAUGCCGCGGCGAACCUGUUUGGUAGCGGCUGGGUGUAUUGGGUCUACGACACCCGUUUGGGUAAGUUUGAUGUACUUUCGCUGCCCAAUGCGGGGUGCCCGCUGACCAACACGCAGGUGGUGCCACUGCUGUGCGUCGACGUCUGGGAGCACACGUACUAUGUGGACUACGAGAAUAACCGCGCCGCAUUCCUCGCCAAAUACUUUGACGUGGUAGACUGGCACUGGGCCGAGCGCCAUUGGAAGCGGGCGACAGGACAGGAGUACUACGAGAUGAAGUACUGGUAG